AUGGAGAAGUGGAAAACAGCGUUAGAUAAAUCUAUUCCUUUGUUUUUGCAUGGAUUAGAAGAUGAUAGUGAAGACUUUGCUGUUCUGCUGAAGAAACCAGGUGACAGUAGCUCCCGUUAUAUUCUAAAAUUGCCAAACUUUCCAAAAACUAUAGAAGAAAUGGUUAUUGUUCGAUUUUGGUUAGAACAACUUUUCAACUGCGCUUUUGAAUAUGCCAAAUUUGAAAAUAUUAUGUUUAAUCCAGAAAUGAUCUCUUUAUUAUUUGAUGAUGACAAAACAAUUCUUAAACAAUUUCAUAUUCAAACGGCCUCUAUGGACACCAGCAAUGUUACAAUUGAAAAUUUUUUGAAAUUUGGGUUAAAUCGUCUUGCAAUAUGCCACAAAUUCUCCCUCAGUUUCAACAAGGGCGAUCUUUUAGAGCAACAUACUGAUAUUUUAUUCAAUCUUAUAAUAAAUGAAGGAAAUAAAUUACCUCGAGUUUCUUUGCCGAUUUGUGAUGAUUCUUUAAGGCUUUAUAAUCUUGUUAUUGAAUAUGUAACAACAUCUCAAGAUUGUUCAAAAAUGGUGCCUGUUAUUGCCUUACUUUAUGAUUCACUCGAAAAUUUUAAAUUGCCCGAGAGAGCAGAAAAUGUUGAAAAUAAUACACUGAUGUAUGGUUUAAAAACUACAAAAUAUGAAAUUUCCAAUAUUUAUGAUCCAAAAGUGAAAUUUUUAUUUGAAAAUAAUGAGGAUUUUGAAUUUACUUAUGUUUUUAUCAUAAACAUGGACAAGUGUUUAGAUUUUGAUAAGGAAAUGUUUAAUUUUUAUGAUUAAUAUAAAUAUUAUUUAAAUUUUCUUUAAACUUGGGUAGCACCCCGAGACUUCGGGGGCGGAAUCGUCGAGGAUAGGGGUUUCCUUGGGUAGAGCCGUCGGGGUUCGGGUCGGGGUUUUUGCCUAAAAAUUCGUCGGGGCUUCAGAGGUCGGGUCGGCAUUUUGCCCGCAUGGGGGCGGGGUCAUCGAGGAUCGGGAUUUGUUUGUGUAGAGCCGUCGGGGUACGGGUCUGGGUUUUUGCCUAAAAAUACGUCGGAGGUCGGUUUCGGGGGAUGG